CCAGUCGUUAGUGAUGUUGUUAGUAAUGUAGCACCACAAAUUACGGAUGCGCCGCAACCGCAACCGCAACCACAACCAACAGAUGCACCAGCUCAACCCACAGUAGCACCACCACAACCCUCGGCAGCAGCUCCCAAGGGAGCAGCAAGCUCGCCAGCUCAACAAAAAUCUGCUAACAAGGCCAUCACCGUAUCUAAUAAUGCACCCAAUGUCAUCACCAUUACAUCUACAUCAUUAUUAGAUUCCCCAACUUCUAAAUCAAACGUUAAUAGUGCCAAUAGCAACGAUAACACUGGUUCUAGUAGUAUUAUUACGGCUGCUAUCGUUGUUGGUACUGUAGUUGUUGCUGCAGCUAUUGGCAUAUGGAUAUUUAGAAAAUGGAAACUUACGCCAUCACGAAACUUCAAAGAAAAGAUUCAACCUGUUGUUGAUUUUGGACCACGUUCAGCAGAAUCAGAUGAAAUGUUUUUACGUGGAUUACAUCAUGAACCUUAA